CCAGCAGCCCCUCGCUUGGCUCCUUGACACGAGCUCCAUAUAAGGCAGAGAUCUCCAUAGAAACGUGUCACUCUCUAUAGUAGUGUCAAAGUUCACUAUAUACAGACAUUGGCGCAGAUCCCCCUCUCGGAAGCAUUGCUCUGCCAGUCUCCCCGUCAGAAGGCAUUCAUUUGUUGUGGGCGCCUCUCUCUGCGCCAUUCUCUCGGUCCCCCUCUCUUUCCCCCUCACUCUCUCUCUCUUUAUUGCAUAUUCUAUGAGCCUGUCUGUGUGUGUGUGAGUGUCACCCAGUGCGGUUUUUUUUUCCUUUUCUUUUUUUUUUUCCCCCCUCACCUCCUUCACUCCAUCCCAGUAGCAGAGCCUUCAGCCUCGGCGUCUUCACCCUCCGAGACUUUUCUUUCCUUCCGACUCUUUUUUCCUCACCCUCCUGCACCCCGAGGACGCCGGCAGCUUCCACCAUUGACUUUUCCAGACUUCCAGAUGAUCGCAGGCUAUCUCCGGGAAUAAAGGCGCUGCUGUUUGGGGUCGGCUGCACACUUUUUGGAUUGUUCCUCGCCUUACUUUGGCAUUUGCUCAUCGACUGACAGCUCGGGGAUUAUUUGUCCUCCCGACAUCAUAAAAGCGAAAGAGACAGAGGCGCAAAAAAAAAAAAAAAAAAAAAAUCGCAGGAGAAAGGGGAAGUGUCUUCAACCUCUGGCUCCGGCUCCGGCUCUGAAUGGCUGGCUGCGCGCUGCCCUGGAUGUGGCCCCCCGGACACUUACAAGCCGCGGUCGGCUUCUGAGGGCUUCUUCUAUUGCUAGUGUCGGCAGCAGCGCCCGGGGGUGAAGCGUCCUAUGUCUGGGGGAGAUCUGGGCUGCCGAUCCUGCCGCCUCCCCAGCCUGAUCUGACGCUGCAGCCUCCUCCUCAGCCAUCACAGGCGGCACUGGAGACAGGCAGGGGGGACGCCGCCAGCCGGCCAGCCUGUGCCCGCAUCCCCCGCCGGCCUCCCCGCCUCCGAGACCUUUCCGCUCCGUGCAAAGAAGGGGGGAAAUCCCUGCAAAGCAAAUCCAAGGAAACGGCUCCCAUCAGCGGCAACCACGGCAGAGACCGCCAGCUUCUUCUUCUCCUCCAAAAUAAAAUCCCCCCAGACCUCGCUCCCCAGCACUUUUUGGGCCCGAGAUAUGGCAAUGGUAGUUAGCAGCUGGAGAGAUCCGCAGGAAGACGUGGCCGGGGGGAACCCAGGAGGCCCUAACCCGGGGGCAGCGCAGCCUGCCCGGGAGCAGCAGCAGCAAGCCCCCCACACCCCGCAGACCCCCAGCCAGCCGGGACCUCCUUCCACCCCCGGAGCGGCUGGAGACAAGGGCCAGCAGGGCUCGGGCCAGAGCCAGCAGCAGCACAUCGAGUGCGUGGUGUGCGGGGACAAGUCCAGCGGGAAGCACUACGGCCAGUUCACCUGCGAGGGCUGCAAAAGUUUCUUCAAGAGGAGCGUCCGCAGGAACUUAACCUACACAUGUCGUGCCAACAGGAACUGUCCCAUAGACCAGCACCACCGGAACCAGUGCCAGUACUGCCGCCUCAAGAAGUGCCUGAAAGUGGGCAUGAGGAGGGAAGUUCAGCGAGGACGAAUGCCUCCAACCCAGCCGAACCCAGGCCAGUACGCCCUGACCAAUGGGGACCCCCUGAACGGCCAUUGCUAUCUGUCCGGAUACAUCUCCCUUCUGCUGCGGGCUGAGCCUUACCCCACCUCCCGCUAUGGCAGCCAGUGCAUGCAGCCUAAUAACAUCAUGGGCAUAGAGAACAUCUGCGAGCUGGCCGCCCGGCUGCUGUUCAGUGCUGUGGAGUGGGCCAGGAACAUCCCCUUCUUCCCCGACCUGCAGAUCACCGACCAGGUGGCUCUGCUCAGGCUGACUUGGAGCGAGCUGUUUGUGCUGAAUGCAGCCCAGUGCUCCAUGCCCCUCCAUGUGGCCCCUCUCCUGGCAGCCGCUGGCCUCCAUGCCUCCCCAAUGUCUGCAGACCGAGUGGUGGCCUUUAUGGACCACAUCCGCAUCUUCCAGGAGCAGGUGGAGAAGCUCAAGGCCUUGCACGUAGACUCUGCAGAGUACAGCUGCCUGAAAGCCAUCGUCCUGUUCACAUCAGAUGCCUGCGGCCUUUCAGACGCUGCUCACAUUGAGAGUCUACAGGAAAAGUCGCAAUGCGCCCUGGAGGAGUAUGUCAGGAGCCAGUACCCCAACCAACCGAGCAGGUUCGGGAAACUCCUGCUGAGGCUUCCUUCCCUGCGCACCGUCUCCUCCUCAGUCAUUGAACAGCUCUUCUUCGUGCGCUUGGUAGGUAAGACCCCUAUAGAAACCCUCAUCAGAGAUAUGUUAUUAUCUGGAAGUAGCUUCAACUGGCCUUACAUGUCCAUCCAGUGCUCCUAAAGACCAGCCACAGAGACAAUCAGGAGACAUCUCAUUCAUGUACACAGACUUCUUAGGAUAUGAGUCUAAUGAACUCCAUGUGUGUGGAAAAACUCCAAUAAUAAGGAAGGAGCAAUGGGAUCCCUAAUGUCCUGAAGCCUGAUGGAUAAUGCCCUGUGGACUGGAUGUAGGACUGUGCACACACACGCACAUUAUCCUUGUUGAUUUUGUAAGAUAUUAGUCUUUAUUUUCAUUUUUUUGUAAAAUUCAAAACAAACAAACAAACCUUGUUAUGCGCAUAAAGAAAUCAAGACAUUAGGGGAAAUAACACUUUCCAAAUUAUUCCAAGAAGAACCUCGUCCUGUGUCUAUGUAUCUAUAUCUGUUUUGUAUUUUUUCUGGUUCCAAACCAGGUUUUCCUGUAAUUCUCUACUAAUAAUAAUUUUUGAUAUAACCCUUUGCUUCUUAUAAUGAGUGCGAUCUAUGUUGUCCGAGCUUAUUAUGUUCUUCAAGAAUUAAAAAAAAAUUGAAGUGAGAAUUUAAACAACAAAAAAAUAAAA